AUGGACUUCGAGCACUUUCUUGGUUUGUGCGGUCGCUCACUUUUCGCGGAGGAGCAUAGAGGCGAUUUUGACGCAGCAUGGGACUAUCUACAUACAGCGAAGUCGGAGGCGUUUGACCCGAGCACCGAUCUCACCCUUCGAGCUGAAUAUUUGCGAUGUGCCUCCAUAUAUUCGAUAUUGACUGGGGAUUUUGCAGAAGCAUACGAGAAUCUCGAUUUGCUACAUGGGCUGCUUGAGCAGGUGCCGCCAGAAUGGGGUCUUCGCUACACGAAUUACAAAGUCCUCGCAGACGCUACACGCCGGGCACCCCCAAUGCUGCGCUUCUACCACGAGCGAGGCAGACCACUGGAUAUCAAGCUACUCGGUGACGUCCUGGGCCCCAAUGACUUACAGCCACUGUUCAUGGCAAAUGUACAAAAGUACUUCCCCACCGGCGUCAUCCGUGACCAAUUGUUAUGUCAAAUGAUGCCAGGAAUUCAAGGCUUCCCCGUUACGUCUCGCACAUUGACUGCUUGGUUUCACCCUCUUUCGCCUGGAGGCUCAGAGCAUCAACCACAUGUGGAUCCCGGGCCCACGAUUGCUGAGGCGUCCAAGUUCAUGGUUCAGUUCCGCGAUACCGCAGAAGCAAACGGCGCCCGGAAUCUUGCGGUGUACCUGACGCGCCUCAUAGCUCAGUUCCAUGUUUCUGCAAAUAGUCCUCAAACAGCUCGUGUGCUGGGAGAACUAUAUCAGAAAUGUGAAUCAUUCGGUGACUAUGCUGGCAUGGCGAACGCCAAGCUGAUAGAAGGCGAUCGUCUGCUUUGCGCUCCAUUCGCUAGCCCUCUUUCUCUGAACCUUGUUAUCAUUGACGCCGCUUCAAUUGAAGGAGCUGAUCCUCUAUGGGAUCCAAUCGAAUUCGAUCUUGGAUUCGACUACAGUGCCGAAGUACAGGGCUGUUAUGAGUCUGCUCUUGAGCUGUUUCGGAAGGCUAGCAGCAAGAGGGGACAGGCAGCUGUUCUCCUUCGACAAGCCUGCUGUCUUCACCACGUGGCCCGCUUGCGUAAGUCGGUUGACAAGAAUUAUCUACACCAGCUGGGAGAUGCACAUCUGAAACUGAGGGAGGCUCUUGCACUAUUCGGGAAAGACCAAGCAAGCGUCCAAAUUGUCAAAGCCCAUCAAAUUUUGUUGAAUAUCUCCAGAGGAAACUCGCAAGGACUAAAAGCCUAUGCGCGGGAAAUAGGUGACUGGUGCGCUUCCAGGAAGAACGAAGUUCUCGGUCAUUUCCUUGGACUCCUGUUAUUACGAUUUGCGUACCAGGAGUGGAACAAAUCAUCGAACAUGGAUAAUGCCGUGAUAGCCUCAGAAUGUGCUUACGAGUUGUUUUCACCCAUCAAAGACUUGAUUCCACUAUUCCAGAGCGUCGUUGCACGUGCUUCUGUUCACCAUGAAAUGUUCAACCAGCCUGCUUCGCAAAUAUUGAUUGACGAAGCUAUCGAUAUGUUCGACGAAGUCCGCGAGUAUCUAGAUACUCGGCUUCAGUCCGCACCAGAUACACCCCACGGCCAAGUAGACAAGGCCGUCUUGACAGCGACGAAGUGCACGCUUCUAUGGACAUUCGGGCGCAUUGUAAGCCAGAUAUAUUUCCGAGCAGAAAACCUAGAUGGGUUCCAAAAAUGGCAAAUCAAGCAGGCACACUUCGUCAAUACCGAUGCCAGUUUCGUUUCGUGGAGGGAAUCUUUUGAGUCAGGGGAGUAUACGCAACACUUCAAGACAUUCAAUUCUGAGAUCUCAUAUCCAGCACACAAGACAAAAGGUCUCUGGCGCAAGCUUAUGGCCGACGAGGCGGCCAAAGUCAAAUUCGGAUCGGCCUGUAUCACCUAUCGCAAGUUCUUGUUCGAUGAGAAAGACACGGACGUGUUAAAGGCAGAAGAAGUGCUCCGAAAAUUUGUUAGUGAGGCAGAGGAGCUUGAAAAGGUCUAUACACGGGAUCUAUACCGCAUUAUUGCGUGUGAUCGGAUUGGAGAUCUAGAAAAGGCUCGCGAAAUACUGGAUUCUAUUACUGACGACGAGUUGUUUGACGGGAACCUUGAGGAUUAUCAGAAUGGUAUUGGUCUUCGUGCCUCAUUUGCGCUCGUGGCACAACUCGCACUAAGGAUCGUCCUUUUUGGAGGAAACAUGGCUCGAGCUCGUCGACUGGUGGAUAUGAUUGUCAAUAUCAGCCCAAGUUUCUUCGAUUCGAUGACUGAUGUUGAGAUCGAGUACUCUGAGCGCCUGGGUGAUUACGCCACGACCAUGAUGGACCUUGAGCCGGAGAACUGCUUUUCCAAGCUCCUUCAGGCUUGCCGCAUUCUCGAAAACCGUCGAAAACAAACGACUGACGUGGACGCGCUAGCUCUGAGCUCUGACGCCGGCUGGAGCGGAGAAAUUUAUCUCAAUUUAGCACGUCUAUCGCUCAGGUGCGAGAGAUCUGGAAUUCCAGUGCAGGUCCUUACUCAAUAUGACCACGGGCAUUUUGAUGGAAUGUCGUGGGUGGAACACGCACUUCUUUUUGUCGAGAUGAGCCGCGCACGAGCAGUACUCGAAUCUUUGCAAUCACAGGGCUCCCAAGCUUCAGGUGUACCUGCGAUACCCAAAACAGCCUCCGAAGCGGUUUACAAAAGGCGAUUGCUGCGAUCGCUACUUUCUCUGCAGUCCUUGACGCCAGAGCAGGAGAAAGAGGUCACCGAAUUACGCGAGUACCUAAAGCUUCUUGAGGGGGACGAGGCCUUGUCUUCUGCUACGGCAUUUAUCGAAACUGCCAAUUCUACUAUUGAUACCAAACUCUUGUACAAGAGUAUUGAGGAGAACGCUGUAGUAAUCGAGGCGAAAGACGCACCAAUCAACAACACGGCGCGUAGACAUGAGGAGACCUGUAAUGCAAGCCAUGAAAAUAAUGGAGACGAUGAACGGGUUUAUCGGGGUGAAGAUGAAGGGGCCAAGAUUGAACUCAACGAACUAAGCAAGCUGAUAUCUGACGAAUUGCUUUCCCCAUUUGCAGAAAUCAUCAGAACGAAGUCCCACGUCGUGUUCUCCAUCUCAGACCCGUUGACGGCAUUCCCAUUUUCGAUCCUACCGUUCGAAGGCAAGCCUCUCAUAAUUCAUGCGGCGGUAUCUCAAGUCCCCAGUCUCACGAUUCUCUACUACCUAUCGCAACGCAAACCGAUCUCGGAGCAUCCAACAGUGUCUGUGCUGGCCAAGUCCCCUACGAAAGCCACUUCAAGCGGAGCAAGAGUGAACGAUGAAGCUGAUCUACACAUGGCCGGAAUUGAAGCCGUCAACAUCGCGCGGACGUUCGCGACAUGGCCCAUCGAGGCAUCAGAUCUUACCAGAACAGAAUUCCAGCAACACGUUGAAGGCGGGUCCCUGAUCAUGCACAUUGGCACGCACGGGAACAUCAAUUACCGCAAUCCCCUCUUGUCAUCCAUCUCCAUCGGGCCAGGCCAGGAGUUUCGAGUCAUUGACAUGUCCGCUAUCCGGAGCAAUGUCCAUCUUUUAGUGUUUGCAGCAUGUCUCAGCGGACUCGGCAAAGCAACCACCGGAAGCGAAGUCCUCGGCUUCUCGCACAUCGUGUUGAGUAGCGGAUGCCAGGCCUUCAUUGGAUCGCUAUGGGAAGUCAGCGACUUUGGAUCAAUGUUGAUCAUGACGCUAUUCUAUCGGCAUCUCAAGCGGCAGCCGGAUCUGGCCGUCGCGGAGCUCAUGCGAAUGGCUCAGGUGGAAAUCUUGCAACUGGAUCUUGAAAAGGCGGGCGCAUUGCUUGAUGAUUUGAUGGAUGAUUGGGCCUCUGCAGGAGCUGACCAGCUGAGUCCAGCUGAGUUCGUCCCGGACGCGGAGUUUCUGCUUUUGCGGUUACGAAUGCUGCUGGACCAGCUGGACUGGUCGAGUCCGUUUUAUUGGGCCCCUUUCACGCUGAUUGGCUAUGGGGGGUUUCGUUUUGUUUAUGACUAG